UAGACGCAUCGUGUAUUUUUCACAUUCGAAUAACAAUCACCGCAUUGAUCGGAAAUAGUUGUUUGAGAAGCGGUGAACUUGAUCUUGUGGAAAAGAACAACAAUAGAUCGCCGACAUGAUGGCAGACACAACGGAACUAUCCAAGAUGGAGGUCGCAGUUUAUGCAAACGCUUUGUCUUGCCCCACCGAUAAGGAAAUCAUGGAUGGCAUGCUGCAAACACGCUUUUUGCACGCUAAAAAACAAGAUCGCGACUAUUCACACUUAUUCAGGCGAAAAACGCGAUGGCAGCUGAUCCGCCUCUCUAUGGUCAUUGUCGGGGUCGAGUUUCUGUAUGCAGCCGAAACUGCCUUCGUUACACCGAUUCUCCUCGGUAUUGGGCUCUCACACACUUUUAUGACGAUGAUAUGGGCGUUCUCGCCAGUUCUCGGCUUUCUCUUCACACCAAUGAUAGCUUCCUUCAGUGACACAAUCCGGUUACAGUGGGGCCGUAGAAGGCCGGUUCUGUUAGCUCUUGGUUUGGCCAUGAUGACGGGCAUGUGGAUUUUGCCCCACGGCAAAUCGAUUGGUGUGUUUUUCGGUGAUCCUGAUGUACCCGUUGAUCAGAUGGAAGGCUUCCGGUGGUCGAUUCCGGUCACGAUCGUAGGACUUGUGCUGACGGACUUCGAUGCCGAAACAAGCAACGGCAUUGCGCGGGCGUACUUCAUGGACAUGUGCUCACCAGAUGAUCAGGCACGUGUACUAACGACGGCCAUGUUUAUUGGUGGACUUGGAGGAACCGUUGGGUACGUGCUGGGAGCGAUCGAUUGGAGUCAGACGAACCUGGACAUACUCGGUAGCAACGAAGCAACCGUGUUCAUGUUUGUAUUCAUCGUCGUCGGAGUUGGGCUACUGAUCACGCUGACGAGUUACCGUGAGGUCCCACUACCUGUGCUAGAAAGCGACCCACUGUUACGACCCGUAAGUUCGUCAUCCUUUGAGGCGGAAAAAGCACGCCAACUGGCGGUGUACAGCAUAUCUAAGGAUGUCCUCGUAGAUCCAGUGAAGCCUGAACGUGAUGUGCCCCUGGCGGUGGGGACUGACGAAAACGAAAAACCACUGCGUUUGCGCGACUUCAUACGCAACAUAGUACGAAUGCCGAAAAGCUUGUUCAUCCUGUACACUACGCAGUUUUUCUCGCAACUCGGUUACCUCAGCUUUUGUCUGUAUUUCACCGAUUUUGUUGGGGCGGAAGUGUUUAAUGGUGACGUUGCCGCACCGUCGGGAUCUCCUGAGCUCGCGCUGUACGAAGAAGGUGUACGAUACGGUUGCUGGGGAAUGGCAGUCUUUGCUGUAUGCAGCGCAUCGUACUCGACCGUUAUUGAGUUGUUUAUCAAGCGUUUCGGCGCACGCCCAGUUUACGUUACUGGACUGCUACUGUUCAGCCUAGGAAUGCUCUGCAUGGGGCUGUUCAAGGAGAGAUUUGUUAUCUUCAUCGUCUGCCCCACGGUUGGCAUUAUGUACGCUACUAUAUACUCCAUUCCAUACCUUUUGGUGUCUCAUUAUCACUCUAAAAAUUCAUUUGAAGUGAAGGAUGGCAAAUGUGUGCCCAACACAACCAAGCGUGGAUUUGGGGCUGAUGUUUCCCUGAUGAGUAACAUGCUCUUCUUGGCACAGCUCAUCAUAUCGCUGGCCAUUGGGAGCAUAAUCGAUGCGGUUGAGUCAAACGUAGUUGUCAUUUUUUCCGCGAGCAUAUUUUCUCUAAUUGCUGCUUUUUCCGCCUCGCAAAUUGUCUACAUGGAACUGUGAUAUGCAAGAUGGGCAUGCUAGCUCGAGACGAGGUAGAAUCUAGCAUCAGUCAUUGGCGGGGCCAUAGGCUAGCACUUAGGAAUUGUGAUAAAAUGUACGAUAUAAAAAUGCCACAAAGCUGAGAGUAUUAGCCAGACAUUAGAUCAUUAUCGAUAAGUUUGUACGAGAAGUA